AAGCGCAUGUGCAAUAUGUGGUAAAUUAAUUUUUUCAUGAGUGGCUAGAGUACAGACAAGGAAUCGUAAAUUACUCUAAAAAAUUAAUUAUCAAAAAAAUGUUAUUCUGUUAGUUUGAUAGCCAUUUUGUUUUAAUUCAAAACAUAAAUGAAUCACUUUAAUCUCUCCCAGUUCAUUCUCAAGUUUUAUCAUGUGGCGGUGGGGCAUAACAAUUCUCUUACAACUUGUAACACUCAUGUAUACGUUAGAUAGUAAAGCUGUCGUUCGACAAUCGAGCAGCUGAUAUUUGAGAUAUUUUAUAAAUAAUAUUUUAUUGACAUUUAUAUUAUUUUAUUAUUUGGUUGAUAUGAGACAUAUUCUUGCACUUGAUGUGGGAACGACAACUGUUCGGUGUCAUGUUUUGAAUGAAAGUGUUGAAACACUUUCUACUGCAACAAAAAAGCUCUGGAAUACCAUUCUCAGAGUAUUAAAAACAGCUGUGCAGGAGAGCAAAGUUGAUGUCUAUUCAAUUGCUAGUGUUGGUAUUUCAACUCAACGUGGUAGUUUCAUUUGCUGGAAUUACGAGACAGGCAAAAAUUAUCACAAAUUUAUAACAUGGAAGGAUUUAAGAGCGGAUUCUUUAGUAAAAGAGUGGAACUCUUCAUUAACGAUGAAAAGUUUAAGAAUGGGUUCUCAUAUUCUUUAUACUUUUUCACGAAAUAAGAGAUUUUUAGCUGGAAGUGUCUUCAAGCUUAUGAAUACACAGAUGACCUUGCGUUUAAUGUGGGCUUUAGAUCACGUACCAGGUUUAAAGGAAGCAGCUGAAAAUGGAAAAGCUGUGUUUGGUGGAAUUGAUAGUUGGAUUUUGUAUAAAUUGACUGGAAAACAUAUUUCUGAUGUCUCUAGUGCAUCAGCAACAGGACUAUUUGAUCCUUUCACGAUGAGUUGGGCAAAUUGGGCAAUUAAUCUUUUUAAAAUUCCAUCUACAAUGUUCCCAGAAGUAAUAGAUUCUGCUGGAAACUUUGGCAAUAUUCCUAAAGAAAUUUUUGGGGUUGAAAUUCCUAUCACCUGCUGCAUGGCUGAUCAAGCAGCUUCUUUAUUUGGUUCUGGUUGCUUUGAUGUUGGAGAUCUCAAAAUAACAAUGGGUACUGGAACAUUUUUAAAUGUUAACACUGGUAGUGAGCCACAUGCAUCUGUUGCUGGUUUGUAUCCUCUUGUUGCUUGGAAGAUAGGAUCAGAACUAGUUUAUAUGGCAGAAGGAGCUUCUAAUGAUACUGGAAGUAUUAUUGAAUGGGCAAAAUGUUCAGGAAUGAUAAAAAAUCCUGAAGAGACAGUAUAUCUAGCAGAAUCUGUAAGAGAUUCAGAUGGAGUUUUUUUCAUACCAGCAUUUAGCGGAUUACAGGCACCAAUAAAUGAUCAAACUGCUACCGCUGGAUUUCUCGGAUUAAAGCCAACAUCAACUAAAGCUCAUAUGGUUCGUGCUAUCUUAGAAAGCCUAGUUUUUAGAAUAGUACUUUUGUACGAAACAUUACGUAGUGAAAUUCGACAAAAUUAUACAACAAUUCGAGUCGAUGGAGGUGUUUCUCAAAAUGAUUUCGUCCUUCAAUUAUUAGCAGAUUUGACUGGGCUUUUGGUAGAACGAGCAGUAAGUUCUGAAAUGUCCAUUUUGGGAAUUACUAUCCUUUCUGGUUUACAAUCUGGAAUCUGGAAUGAUAAAAAAGAAUUAUAUAAUUUAAGACAAAUUAAAACUAUCUUUAAACCCAAUGAAACUAGAAAAAAUGAAUAUCAAUCAGUAAUAAAUCAGUGGAAACGUGCUGUUGAACGGUUCAAAAACUGGUAUUAAUUUUUUAUAUUAAAUGUUGACGACUUUUUUAAUUAUAAAAAAUACAAAUAUUUUUAUAUUUUGGAUGAUGCCCAUUACAAAAACAAUUGUUUAUAUUAUCAAUAUUAUUGCUAUCUA